AUGUUCAUCAAUUGGUCCAAUAAUCCAGUCCGGCGUUUCCUUCAUUGGGGACCAUUGAUUGCAAUAGGAAUCAUACAAUCUAUAACAGUAAUGACAGUUUAUAUGAACGGAAUGUGGUGGCCUGCAAACAGUUCCGUGGCUGCAUUCAUACACCAAACUGUAUUUUUAGCUUUAUCGCUUAGUACUGGAUUUUACUUCAUAAUGGCUUCAUUAACAGGACCUAGUUACUUACAAUUAAAAUGGAAACCUAAGCAAGAGAAAGACGAACAGUAUUUACAGUUUUGUCACGUUUGUGAUGGUUUCAAGGCACCAAGAUCUCACCAUUGCCGGAAGUGUAACAGGUGUGUGAUCAAGAUGGAUCACCAUUGUCCGUGGAUUAACAAUUGCGUUGGUUGGGCAAAUCAUGGCUAUUUUACGGCCUUUUUAGGAUUCGCCGUUCUCGGUUGUCUUCAUGCAACCACGAUUCUUGCCGCUUCACUGUAUGUUGGAUUAUAUCGGGAUUGGUACAUUUAUUACGGCCACUAUUCCAAGGUGAACGUGAAACUGACUAUUUGGAGUCUUGUUUUAUGCGUGUUUAAUAUUGGAUUAGCUAUCGGUGUUGUAAUCACGGUUGGCGCACUGUUAGUAUACCAACUGAGAGCAAUUUUAAACAAUCGUACUGCAAUUGAAGAUUGGAUACUCGAAAAGGCACGCUUUAGAAAAGAGCGCAUUAAUGAAACUUUCGUUUAUCCCUAUGAUUUGGGAAAAUGGAACAAUAUGAAACAGGUAAUCAACAUAAGCUGUACUUCCGCUGGUAAUGGAAUACACUGGCCCGUAGCGGAAGGAUGUGAUCAGUACACUUUAACACGCGAGCAAUUAGCACAAAAAGAAGAGAAAAGAGCACGAACUCGAACAUAUACGAUUCAUCGCCCAGCCACGGGCAGCUGGGUACCCAUCUUUUCACAAGGAUUCAAGGUAUGCCUAUCGCCGCCGCUAACGGAUGAACCGCGUAUUAAGCUUGCUGUUGGAGAUCUCGUUCGCGUUACUAGAUGGAGGAAGCAUUGGUUGUUUGGUGAAAAGAUACAGGAAACAGACAGUGAUAUUAAUUUGAAACGGAUUCGCGGUUGGUUUCCUCGUCAGUGCGCUGUAGAGUAUGCGGAGUACGAUGAUGUAAUAGCCGAAACCCAACCAUUAGACAAUAAAAUAAAAAAAGAUGAUUAA